AUGCCGGAGAUCCGGACUGCCGAACAAUUGAAAGAGGAUGGAAACAAGCGGUUUCAGCGUGGGGAGUAUCAAGAAGCCAUUGAUUUGUACACCGAGGCCCUUCAACUUCAGCCCGAAAAUGCUUUGAGGAUCGUUUUAUACCGUAAUCGGGCCAUGGUCAGGCUGAAGAUUGAGGAUUACGAAGGUGCCGAGAAUGAUUGCGAUAAAGGUGAGUGCUUAUUGUUAUUAGAUUAACUGUGUUUAGUUCUGGAACUGGAUGGGGCUGACAGUAAAGCGUUGUAUCGACGAGCACUGGCAAGAGAGCAGUUGGAGAAGGUCGGGCAGGCUUUUAAGGACGCCAAGGAAGCAGCGAGACUUCAACCUGGCGACAAGUAGGAUUUUUUGUUACUUUCUAGUCUCUUUUUGGGGCAAUUAACACCCUGUUUUGGAAGCAAAAAUUUAUUUGAUACCUAAAAUAAUAUAAUUUUAGGAAGAUCCAAGAGCUAUGCGAACAUCUGGUCAAAUUGAAUACGGAGAAGAUGAAGCUUGCCAAUUCAACAGAGAACCGAGUCAAGGAGAUGUUAAAGAUGAGUUUCAAUGAGAAGGAUCAAGAGCAAAAGAAAAAGGCCAUGAACAAUCUGUUGGUGUUGGCCAGAGAGUCCGAAGACGGUGCCAGGAAGGUAUGGCAAGCCGGGAUGAUUGUCAAUGAGCUUCUGAAUGUUGUGAAGGACAAAGAGAACUGGCCCGAAGAAUUGGCGAUUCUGGCUUUACAUGUUUUGGACGAGCUGAUCAAAAAGCGAGAAAGGGUAAGAAAAUGGUAAUGCGAUUACUUAUGUUUGGUUUUAAAAGUGUACAAAGUGUAGUUUUAGGCCAUGAAAUUGAUAGAACUAGUCCCCAUCCCGGUCCUCACACGGAUCGCCGCCUUCAGAGACUCCAAAGAGUUCGUGGAUUCGGCCCAAAUCCUCAUCGAGCGUCUCUUCAGUGCCCUGGCAGCUAUGGAUCGAAGCAAAAACAUCAAGCCAGAUCCCGAAAUCGCUGAGAAGAACAAACUUCAUAUAAUCAAGUUGAUCCUCGAGUUGGAGGAGAUCAUGACUGACCCGCAGUACUCGGCUGCUGUCCGAGAAAUGUGCGUGGAUUUAUUCUUAAAGAAUCUGAUGCAUAUGGAUGGAGGACUGCCUCGGGGAUGGUCCUGGAGAUUUGUCGAGGACAGAGGUCUCCUGAAACUUCUUCAUCUGGCUUCGCAAAUCCCAGAACAAUGCGAUUAUCCAGUGAGUGCGGAGACCAGACAACAUGUUGCUUUGUGUCUGGCGAGAUUGUAUGAUGACAUGGUAUUUGACACAAAGAGGGCGAUCUACAGCGAGAAAGUGGAGCAGUUCUUCAAGUAAGGCAUUUCAAUUUUGAUUCUACAGUAAUUUUUGAGUAUGAUGAUUUUUUGAUUUUUUAGCGCGUUAAUGGCGAAUAUCGGCGAUGAGAAGACUCAGAUCAAAAUGUGCGCAUUUCUCAUUACAAUGCUCCAAGUAAAUUGAGCUUUUAUUGUAAUUAUUUCAAUUAUAUUACUUUAGGGAGCAGUUGAUCUUGGAAUGAAGCUAGUCACAAAUGAUGCCAUCACCGCGUUGAUGCUUCAAAUGGCUGGAAGUACAAAUAAAUUGCAUCAAGUAAGAGAUUUCGCAUUAUUUUUUUUAAGCUUGUUAUCAUGUUUUAUUAUAAUUUUCUUACAGUACAUUGCCGUUGAACUGAUUGUUCAAACAGUCUCGAAACACGAACGAGCCAUGGCCGUUGUGACGAAUGGAAUCCCUGUCCUCAGAAAACUCUUCAACUCCGAUGAUCAUAACGUCAAGGUCAGAGCGCUUGUGGUAGGUCACAUCUGAUACUGUAGUUGACUGUUAGUUCUUAGGGUCUUUGCAAAUGCGCUUCGGCGGGUGGUGAUGAUUACAGUAAACAGACCAUGGAAGAGGGAACAACGUUAACUCUGGCCAAGACUUGCAAGGAAUUCUUAUUGGACACGGAGAAUUAUUCAGUGGAAGUUAGGAGGUAGGGGAAGAUAACAAUUUGAUGUUUCAAGUAAAAAGAUUUACGUAAAAAUUGUUUUAGAUUUGCCUGUGAAGCUCUCUCGUAUCUGACCUUGGACGCAGAUGUGAAGGAAGCGAUCGUAACGGACGAAGAUUUGCUGAAAGCUUUGGUCUCCUUGGGUAAAGUCGCUGGUGCCCUCUGUGUUUUCACUUUGGCCAAUAUCUUUGUCAAUCUGACCAAUUCUUACGAGAAGCCGAAAGUAGAAGAGGAGUUGGUGAAACUGGCCCAAUUUGCGAAGCACCACGUCCCGGAGACCCAUCCUUUGGACACGGAUGAAUACGUGGACAAAAGAGUCAAAGCUCUCGUGAAAGGCGGCGCUGUAACUGCUUGUGUCGCUAUUUCCAAGACCGAAAGUAAGAAGGCUUUGGAGUUACUGGCCAGGUGUAUGUUGGCUUUCACUUCGGAUCAAGAAUUGUGUGGCCAAAUCGUCAGCGAAGGCGGUGCCAAACUUUGUCUGACCUUGUACAAGGAAGCUGAUGAGGAAGGAAGGAUCAAAGCGGCGCAUGCCCUAGCCAAACUCGGAGUGGCCUCAGAUCCCAACAUUACUUUUGCGGGCCAGAGAAUGUAUGAAGUUGUCAAGCCGAUGGUCGAACUGCUCCAUCCAGAAGUGGAAGGUAUCGCCAAUUAUGAUGCUUUGCUUACGUUGACUAAUCUGGCCAGCGUCAGCGAUUCGGUUAGAAAACGGAUUUUGAAGGAGAAAGCUGUCCCAAAGGUUGAGGAAUUCUGGUUUAUGACUGAUCAUGAACAACUGAGAGCAGCUGCCGCUGAAUUCUUCCUCAAUAUGUUGUUCUUGGAGGAAUUCUUUGAGUAUACGGUCAAAGUGAGUUGAUAGAUGCCUCAGAAGCCUUGGAUCUGAUAAGAACCGAUUGUAUUUCGCCAAUUUUCAGGACUCCCAAGACCGAAUUAAACUGUGGGCCUUGUAUUGUGAUGAAGGAGAAGAUCGUCUUCAACUCGCUUCCUCGGCUGGAUUUGCCAUGCUAACUCAAGACGAAACCGCUGCUAAAAGAUUUCUCGAUGAGAUCAGCUCGUGGCCAGAAUUAUUUGUGGAAAUGGCACAGAAUGAGAAUCCAGAAGUCCAACGACGGUGUAUAAUGGGAAUCGCGAAUAUUGUCGAGCAUUCUGAGAGCUUGGCAGCAAGAGUCAUGGCGGUAAGUUGGCCCGGGAUGGUUCGGAGAGGAGUAGUUUUCAAUGCUUUCAUGAUGUGGCAAGCUUAAGAGAAGUGUACUACUUUAAAUUGAGUUGUAAGCCACUAAAUAGUAAUGCUUUUACUUUCAGACUGAAGUAUUCAGAAUCCUCGUAGCCGUAUGCAAAGUGAAGACCAAGGGAAACGAACGAGAAGGAGCUGUGAAAGAAGCCCAGAGGGCAUUGGACGCGGCCGAAAAGUUUGGGUUGAUAAAGCCGAGUGAUCGCGAGAUUUUCGAAAGGAAAACCAACCUUUCUACCGUGCCCGAAGUGUAA